AUGGCUGAAGAGACGGCAGAGUUACUAAAAAACUACUGUAAGUGGAGAGCAGAGUGUCCAGAAAUAAGUGCAGAUCUCCAUCCUAGAAGUGUCCUUGGCCUGCUGAAGGCCGGCUACCUCGGCCUCCUGAGAGCCAGGGACCCCGCGGGCAGCAGAGUCCUCAUUUACAGAAUUGCACAAUGGGACCCAAAAGUUUUCACGGCUUACGAUGUGUUUCGUGUGAGUCUAAUCACAUCUGAGCUUAUUGUCCAGGAGGUGGACACACAGCGGAAUGGAAUCAAGGCUGUCUUUGAUUUGGAAGGCUGGCAGUUUUCUCACGCUUUCCAAAUUACCCCAUCCGUAGCCAAGAACAUUGCUGCUGUUCUUACAGAUUCCUUCCCAUUAAAAGUUCGUGGUAUCCACUUGAUAAAUGAGCCAAUCAUUUUCCAUGCUGUCUUUUCUAUGAUUAAGCCGUUCCUGACUGAAAAAAUUAAGGGACGGAUUCACAUGCACGGGACCAAUUACAAACAAAGCUUACUGCAGCAUUUCCCAAACAUUCUUCCACUGGAGUACGGUGGUGAGGAAUUCUCCAUGGAGGACAUUUGUCAGGAGUGGACAAAUUUUAUCAUGAAGUCUGAAAAUUAUCUCAGCAGCAUUUCACAGACCAUGAAAGGAGAAGUUACCUAACGUGAAUGGCUUCCUAAUUGGAGAUACAUGAGUGAGAUCUGACCUGGUUAUAUGAGUGAAAGGAAAAGAACUUUUAAAACUAAUUAAUGCUUUUCUGAUUGACUGUUUUAAUGUAAAAAAUCUAACUUGAGCAGCAUGGGUAUUUGGGAAACUUCUUUACUUGUUAAAUGCAUUUUCUUUACCUUUGAAGUAAUUAAAUGUUAGUAUAUCCUGAAAGCUUAUAAAAGAGAUUCCUGAUUUUUGCACUUGCAAGAAAGUUAUCUCUCAAGUACCUACUCGUGUGCACCUUCGUGUGUUUCUGAAGAGUUUUAUUUUGAACAAGUUCUCUGGUUACACUGGCUUGGUUAUAAAUGUAUGACUAGUCCACUGAACAGAAAUAUUAGCAUCAAUCAACUGAUGAUAAAAAGUCUAUUCACACUCAUUUUGGGUGUGUCAGAUUAGAUUAUAAAUCAGAUUAAAAUCUGAAUCAUUUCUACAUAGUUAUUUCUGUGGGCCAGAAAGGUAGUUCAUCUCAGGGAAAUUCUAUUUUAGCAUAUUUGCACAAUAAACUUUUGAUUGAAGAGUCUACAUGUGAUAAACUAUCGUACGUAGCAUCUGUAGGUCUCUGUGAAAUGACUCAUGUUGAUAUAAUUGACCACAUAGAGAUUUAGAGAUGGAAUAAUGUUUAGUUGUCGUGUGCAUGAACUCUUAUUUUUAAUUGAACAAUAACGCAGCUACACAAGGGAAAGGAAAUGUUUACAUUUUUUAAAUCAGUGUUAAUUACACCUGGACCUUUUCAGAUUACUCAUGAAAUAAUCUGAGUUUUACUAUAUUAUCGGAAUUUCUAGCCAAAUUCAACAAUUUAUAUUUACUUAACCUAACCAGUAGUUAGAAUGUGCUGUUUGUACUAUAGCUGUGUCAAAACAUAUUUCAUUUAUUGAGAAAGAUAUGUCAAUAUUGCUUUCAGUUGAUGACAAUUUUAAUGGUAUUUUAUAAUUUUUCAGUUUUAUUUUAAACAUGAAAAUGAAAGGACACAGCGUACAAAAUUUGUUAAACAUCUGUUAGCUUAGUUGGGUUUCAACAUUAAUCAUACAAUAGUAUCUUUGUGAAAGAACAUGUAAAGGGCGUUUUUCUUCAUAAGAUAAUCAUUCUAAUCAGGUGAGCCGGUAGUUAGGAUUCUCUGUACACGUAUCUGUGAAAAAUUGAGAGUGACUGGGAAUGUUCUUUAGAGAACGUGUUUGAUUUAGCAUUGGGAAGCGAAGUUUAUGUUAUAACUUUUAUUUUAAAAAUUAGAUCGUGCCUGUUUUCUAUAAAAACGUUAAAGUCUUCUUUACCAAAUCACACAGUUUAAAAUUGUGUAAUUAAAAAUAAUGGCAGAAUAAAACCAUUUAAAAAGUAUAAACAAUAACCACAAAAAGCCCUGGUUUACCCCAAUUUUAUUCCUAGAAGAAGGUUUACAUCACCAAGUUCCACUUAAUUUACAUUUGGGUGCUUAAAACACUUUUUUACGACACUGUGAAGGAAUGAUUACUUUAGCACAAGAAUAAAAGAUACUAUUUUUAAAUAUCUUUUAAAUAUGAUUCAUUGGUGAUGUUAACAGUAAAGAGAAUUAAAAUAAGCCAACCAAUAGAAGUAUAUUUCAUGAUAGGACUUUGAAUUUUUUAUAAAAUGCAAAAGUUCACUGAAGGACAUCAAAAGAACAAUGUGAAAUAAGCAGAUAAUUGUAUAAGGUGGCAAGAUAAACAACUGUUGAACUGUCUCUAUUACUUUACUGUGAUUGCACCAUAUGUGCCUUUUAAAGGAUUAACACGUGCUCAUUGUGUUACUGAACUGCAUGAUAAUUUAUUUGUUUUAAUAUUGUUCAAAAGAAAAUAAAGAUCUUUCACACAAA